GGUGGACCAAGUUUCUCAGGCAGCAGCAGCUCCUAUGGCCAGGGUUCCCAAGGCAGCCAGUCCUAUGGCCAGGGCUACCAGCUUCAAGGUGGCAGUUCCUAUGGACAGGGCUACAGACCUCAAAGUGGCAGUUCCUAUGGUCAGGGUGGACCAAGUUUCUCAGGCAGCAGCAGCUCCUAUGGCCAGGGUUCCCAAGGCAGCCAGUCCUAUGGCCAGGGUUACCAGUCUCAAGGUGGCAGUUCCUAUGGACAGCAGGGCGGAUCUGUUUCUUAUGGUGGCAGCAGUGGUUGUGGACAAGGUGUCUCCUAUGAUAGCAAUCCCUGUCACCAGGGUGGAUCACAGGGUGGUCAGGGUGGUUCAUAUUCCUCACAAAACUAUGGUGGUAGCCAACAGAGUGGAUCAUCAUACUCCCAAAAUUAUGGUGACAACCAGGAUGGAUCCUACUCACAAAACUAUGGUGGUGGCCAAGGUGGAUCAUCCUCAGACACCUAUUAUGACAGUCAGGAGUCACAAGAUUCCUCAUAUGAUAGUAAUCCCAAUGCUUGUGAUGAUAAUGACAUAACCUAUAGUGCCAAUAGUCAGCGUUCAGGUUGUACAAAGAAGAAAGUUGUUGUUGCCCGAGACACAUCACAUGUUUUAAGCAGAAGAGCCUAUGAUGUACAGAAUGCAUCUUCUUCAAAUAGCAGCCACUCUGACAUGCAGGGUGGAUCAUUUAUUGCAACCAGUGGAUCAAGUAAUCAGGGUGGCUGCAUUUGUCCUGAUGGAAGCAGCGGUCAUAGACAGGGAUCCCCAGGUUCUUCAUACAGCACAUAUUCUGGUAACCAGGGAGGGCCUUUCAUCUAUCCUGGAGGAUCCUAUGGACAGGGUGGCCCAGGUUCUUCCCACAGUUCUUACUCUGGUAACCAGGGAGGGCCUUCCUUCUAUCCUGGUGGAUCUUAUGGACAGGGAUCCCCAGGUUCUUCAUACAGCACAUAUUCUGGUAACCAGGGAGGGCCUUUCUUCUAUCCUGGAGGAUCCUAUGGACAGGGUGGCCCAGGUUCUUCCCACAGUUCUUACUCUGGUAACCAGGGAGGGCCUUCCUUCUAUCCUGGUGGAUCUUAUGGACAGGGAGGGUCUUCUGCUUAUGAUGGCAGCAGUGAAUCCUAUGGUCAGGGUGGAUCUUCUGCUUAUAGUGGUUCUGAGACUUAUGGCCAGGAUUCAGCUUCCAUGGGAGCCAGUGAAACUGAAUAUAGUGAUUCCUCCUCACCAUCUGGUAGCCGCCAGAGUGAACGGGAUUUUUAUUCCCCAGGAGGCAGCCAGUCAGGUGGACAUGGGUCAUCUUCUCAAAGUGGUAGCUACUCCAGUGGACAGGACUCAGCCUCAUCUGGAAGCAGCCAGUAUGGGGGGCAGGGUUCACCUUCCUCAGGAGGCAGCCAGUCUGGUGGACAGGGUGGAUGUGAUUGUUCUGGGGGAAGUUCU